UGUACUUCGCAUCAUAUCGAAGAUGAAAGCGACGUUCGUUAUGAGAUCACAAGUGUGUUGCACAGGAUUUACACCCAAAGGACUCAUAGCAUCACAACCACGAUGCGAAUUCAAGUUCCAACCGGGGCGGAUAAGAGCGGAUGGACAUCAGCGGACAUACAGUGUCGUUUCAGGAAGGUAUCGCACGUGCUCUCGGCAUAAGGACUCUGAUGACGGUGAGUGAGCAAACUUCGCAUGGAUUACAAUCACGUCGGUUCUUGAAGGAAAGCAAGUGAGGAGUUUCUGAGAGCUUGGUAGAUAAAGGCAACCACGGACCGCCCGGAUUAGAAUUAGCAAGCACAUAUUUACACUUUCCUCACAUCCUAUCAAGCAUCCAACUUGACUUCCACAUAUUUCGACUUGAACACUCUUCGAAAAAAUGGCUCCCGCAGCUAUCUCGCCUCUCGGCUCCCCAGUGCCUUCUGCCACUUCUUCCUCAGACUUUGCCUCAUACCGCGGAUACCACCAUGUCCACUGGUACGUUGGCAAUGCUAAGCAAGCCGCCUCCUUCUACGUCUCACGCAUGGGCUUUGAGCGUGUCGCAUAUCGCGGCCUAGAAACCGGAUCCCGAGCGAUCGCCUCCCACGUUGUGCGAAACGGAAACGUAACCUUCAUCCUGACCUCGCCUCUUCGAUGCCUUGAGCAGAGCAACCGCUUCAGUGAAGCAGAGGCAAAGCAACUUAAGGAAAUCCACGAACACCAAGAACGCCACGGCGAUGCUGUCAAGGACGUUGCCUUUGAAGUCGACAACGUCGACGCUAUCUACAACGCCGCCAUCUCCGCCGGUGGUGUUUCUAUCGCCAGUCCCCACGAUGUCUCCGAUUCCUACGGCACCGUUCGCCUCGCCACGAUCCGCACUUACGGCGACACAACACACACUCUAAUCCAGAAGUCGACAUACAAUGGCGUCUUCCUCCCCGGGUACCGCGCAGAAGCCAAGUCUGCCGACUCAUUAAACCGCUUCCUUCCUUCCGUCAACCUCGAAGCUAUCGACCACUGCGUCGGCAAUCAAGACUGGGAUGAAAUGGAGAACGCCUGCGACUACUACGAGAAGGUGCUCGGUUUCCACCGCUUCUGGAGUGUCGACGACAAAGACAUUUGCACCGAGUACUCCGCACUGAAGUCUAUCGUUAUGUCCUCGCCAAAUGAGGUGGUCAAGAUGCCCAUCAACGAGCCUGCGAAGGGCAAGAAGCAGUCGCAGAUCGAGGAGUACGUUGACUUCUACGGAGGCCCAGGUGUUCAGCACAUCGCACUGCGAACGAACAACAUCAUUCACGACAUUACUAACCUGAAGGAAAGAGGGGUGGAGUUCAUCAAGGUCCCGGAGACAUAUUAUGAUAGCAUGAAAAUGCGCCUCAAGAAAGCAGGCCUCACACUCAACGAGGAUUUUGAGACACUGAAGAGCUUGGAUAUCCUGAUCGAUUUCGACGAGGGCGGUUACCUGCUGCAGCUCUUCACCAAGCACUUGAUGGACAGGCCGACUGUGUUCAUUGAAAUCAUCCAACGCAACAACUUCAGCGGCUUCGGCGCAGGCAACUUCAAGAGCUUGUUUGAGGCGAUCGAGAGGGAGCAGGAGCUGCGGGGUAACUUGAUCUGAGCGGACUAAUGAUGCAACGAGAUGACCUGAGAACUGGCUUAGCUAGACAUUGAAGGCGUUUUGGGAUGUUCCUAUACCAACAUAGCAAUAUUUCUUUCUUACUUAUACCAACACUCCUUCAUCGUUUGCGUUCUUGAUGAUGUGACAGGUGGUCAAUUCAUCGAUCCAAGCCGCCGCCACCCUGGUUCCAUGCCCCAGCACUUGUCUUGCUCCCAAACCCAAUCACGCUUCCGAUUGGAAAAGUCCCGCCUUGAAAGAAUCAAAUACCCACCAUUCGAGCGGGUGCAGGGCGAUGGUUCAUCGGUUCCCAGAAGAACGGCGCUAAGGUAUGUGUGGUGCAGCCACCGCUCCAAUUGUCGUAGUU